AUGUUGAAGAUGAACGUCAGCCUUAUCAUGAUCAUUAGCUUUGUGGCUUUGAGCAUCGGAAUCUCCGGCUCGCCGCUCAAUGUCCUGGACAUUCGGUCUACCAAUAAAGCCCACGCCGCAUCGCUCAAGUCACGUCGGACGACUUCAAGACAAAUGAUUGCAAAGCGACACGACUCCACCGACCCAAGCGCCUCAGCAGACGCAGCCAGCAACGCUUCAACUUCUGCAAACUUAGCCACCUCAUCCGGAGGCGCUGGGAAAACCACUGACAUCGUUGGACCCGUUCCGGCUGACGGCGCCGUCAAGGCUGGAGUUGGCGCGGGUCUCAAAGCUGGUUUAGGGGCUGGGCUGGGUGCUACUGCUGGCCUCGGGGGACAUCUCGCAGGUCUUGGCGCGGAUGUAGUGGGGGGGCUUACGGGUACUGUCGCCGGCGCAACGGGCAAAGCUGCUGAUCUUGUAGGUACCGCCGGCGUGUUAGGACACGCAGGUCUCGACGCUGGGUUGAGUGCGGGCGCAAAAGUCGGGGCCGUCGCUGGCGCUGCAGGUCAUGCCGGUCUUGAUGCAGGACUGUUCGCUGGAGCCAACAUCGGAGGCGCCCCUCGGGUGCAAGCAGGGUCCAAUGCAGGAGCGAAAGGAGAUGCCGGCGCCAACAUUAGCGCUAGCGGCAAAGCAAGCGGAUCGGCUUCUGGCUCGGUCAAUUCUGAAACCGAAUAA